UCUCAAACAUCGAAAACGUCACUGAUGCUGAGGUCACAACAGCGGCAACACCAGAACAAUCUACGUCAUGCGUUUGUGUGACAGUUGAAACUACAACGGGAGAAAGUAAUUUUACUACUCCAGAAACAACAACGGCAUCUUUCGUCGAAAACACAACAUUCGUUGAGACGACAACAGUUCAAGAUACCACGCCAGUUGUCACGACGGUUGAGGCCACGACUCCUGGUGCCACCACUACAAUACUAGUCACAACACCAGCGGCCACAACCCCCCCUACCACCCCUGCUACAACUGUUAAACCCACAGAAGCAACAACACAAAAACAAACAACAACAACAGAAGUCACUACAGAUGAAACAACAGAAACUACAAGAGAACCAACAACAGACCCCACCACAGCUCCCACUGCCACCCCCACAGCCAUCUUACCCCCCCCAGCGACAUGUAUAGAACUUACAAUUUUCAUAAUUAUCCUCGCGGUUGUGAUCGUAAUAUUCCUGGUCAUCAUAUUUUUGAUCUGGUGUUGUUGUAUCAGAAGAAGGAGGUCACAUGAUGUGGAAACUUCGAUCAGCGCUGUGUCGCUCAGAUCUGCUAAAGAGAUCUCGAGUGAAUCUUGGAGAGGGGUCAUGGAGAAGGAGGACAUGAUAAAAGAUGCGAUCGGACUUGGGAAGAUUGAUGUUUUGGAGUUUACGAUCAAACAAGCGAAGUGUCCGUCCAUCUUCGCUGUGGAUGAUCAGCUAUUGGAGACCGCUGAAACUACUUUAAACAAAUGGAAAAGAGCGCUGUACCUGUUGGAGGGGGCUGUGGAACAAAGAGACGUCGUAGCCAUGGAGGAUUAUGCAAAGAGGUUUGAAGAGUUAGAUAUAAAGGAUGACACGGGUGUCUACCAGAGGUGCAUCAAACUACAAUGGCAACGAAGUGAAGCAAAAUCUCGGUUGAAGAAAGCUGUGACUGAUAUGAAGGAAGAGGAUCUGCUUGCUUCGAUCACUAAGUUUAGGGAGUUGAACCUUCCUGUUGAUCAAAUGAAGACGGAUGUAGAUCUCAUCGCUGCCAUCCAAGCCCUUGAUAAGAUUAAGGAAGAUCGGAAGUUGAAAGGAAGAUCUCAGGAGGAGCUGAAGACGGCUCUGAGGGAGUCCGUGGAACAAAGAGAUGCGGGUCUCAUCCAAACUGCUCUUGAUCACUUCGAAGAAUCGGGGAUGCCAGACUUGGACGGGGACGUAGAGAAAGCAAUGAUUGUUCUCAAUGAAUUGAACGAAGAACGCCGUAAAGAAAGAGAAAUCUCGCUUGAACGACUUCUCGAUGCCUCCCAGUCACGUGACGCAGGGGAGCUCCGUGAUUCGCUGAGACGCUGCUCCCACUUAGGAGUGGAGGAGGAGCAGAUAAGAGGAGGGGAGAAGCUGUUGAAGAUUGUGGAGCGAGAGGACCAACUUCUGCAACAGAUGAGGGAGAUCAUGGAUAAGGAAGAUGCGGGAAAACUUUUGGAAGCGAUCACUGUUUUUAGAACUCCAGGGCUCCAGCUUGUGGACAAAACAGGCGACGUCGCACGAGCUGACGAGUUGUUGCAAAAGUUGAAGGAAAAAGAAAGAUUGCAUCGCGCUAAAGGGGACGCCAUGUGGAGGUUGCAAGCUGCAAGAAAUGUGGGAGAUGUGGCCGUUAUGGCUAAUAUGAUUAAAGCGUUGGAAAACCUCGCAUCAGCCGGGGAGGAAAUAGAUGAAGCCAUGUUGCUGCGAGCGAAGACCGAGUUAGAUCAGAUACGAGGAAGACUCGACUAUCGUAAGCGAAUGGAGGCGAUAAAGAGUGCAAUCACCCGCAUGGUGGCAGCAGAGAACCUGCCUCAAUUAUCGGACUUAAUCGAGCAGAUGGUCGAACUAAGCGCUGACCCCAAUUUCGAGAUGACGGCAGACGAUACAAGAGUUUUAGACGAUUCCAGAGCAAUCCUGCACUCCCUUAAGCGCAAGCAUUCAAUAUUAGAUGAAUUGGUUGCAACAAGGCCGUUGUUACAACUUCCACAAAUCCCCGACGAGUUGGACAAGUUAGAAGAAGGUGUGAGAGUAAUGUCGAAGCUGAAAGACUCGGCCUCGGAGUUUGAAGGCGUGUUUCUCCCCGCUGAUGAUGUCAUGCUCACCACGGCAACCAUGAACACGGAGGAACUCAAGGAAAAAGUGAACGAGAUGAAAAUUGGGCAAACAAGGUUAAGAGCAGCAAUGGGAAUGAAGGAUUACAAAGAAGUAAUGAACGCGAUUAAAAUUGUGAAGAACGGUCCAUUUCCUGAUGAUCAGUUGCUUAUAGAAGCGCAGGAAUUAGCCGUGUUCUUGGACCCAGCGGCUCGAAGGACUGGGCUCAGGAAAGCAAUAAGAGGUCGAGAUAUUGAAGCUUUAGAGAAAGAGAUUCAAGCUUUUAUAGAAGCAAUGGUGCCUGGGGAAGAGGAGCUCCUUGAAAAGGCGCACCGAACACUAGAGAAAUUGAAAAAGAUUAAACGAAAGGAAGAGAAAGCGGAAAAAAGGCGACUAGAAGAAGAAGCGAAGAGAAAAGAGGAGAUCGGGGAACUCACUGCGAAGUUACAACUAGCUAUCGAAUCCAGAGAUAUAAAUGAACUACAGAAUGCUAUGGAUGUAUGUGAGGGCAGUAGUUACCCCAGUGACGAUAUACCUUUAUUCAGUGAUGCUGAGGAAUUAUUCGACCAACUCACUAUAGCUCAACAUAGGAAGGAUCUUAAAGAAGGAAUUGCGAGGAGAGAUAUCUUCAUGUUGGAGAAGACGGUUGAUGCUGUGGAGUAUGGAGGUUACAUCACUGACCUCGAUCCUGAGUAUGAGAUGGCGAAGGAACAACUUUUCCACCUCAAGGAGUUAAGUAGGCUAAGGGAGGCCAUCUCUGGAAUGAACAGAUCGUUGAUAUCGGAGAUUCAUCGUUACCCCUACCCACCAAGUGACGUGCAUACCGUGAUGACAGCAGCUCUUAUGAUGUUAGGAGACUUAGAACGGGAUUGCACUAAUUGGAAUGACGUCCAGAACUUGGUGGGGAAGAUGGGCAAACAAGCGAUCACGAGACGAGUGCGCCAUAGUGCCCCCGGUGACGUAACAGCCGAAAUACGACGAGAUGUCGAACGCAAAUUAUCGGGGCUGGAUAUUGAGACAGUGCAAGCGAAGAGUAAAGGAGCGGCUGCAUUCUUUGCUUGGAUGCGUUGCAUGUUGAAAGAGUCGUCAUACAUAACUGUCAAUGAGGAAACAGUAACAACUGCCUUGUAACAAAGGCUAUUGUGAUUGGGGUCAAACCAGGAGUGGCAGGGUGGGUAGGAGCCCCCAAAAAUGUUACCCUACCUAAAUCAAUAAACAUUGGCACCAUUUUUAUAGAGAUACGCGUCUAACUAUCCCUGCCUUCCCUGUAUUUAAAACAGUUUGGCACCUAAUGCUCUUUGAUAUGGGGUAAUGGGCCAAAUGGCCUAAAUCCCAGGUCCUCACCCAUACAAAAUAGAAUGAUCUUUGUUACUACCAUAGCAAAUUAUAGGGGUUCAAAAGUAUUAUCUUUAUUAGUAUUAAUUGUUGUUGUGAUGUCAUACAUGGUAACUAUGACAUCACAAGCCCUGCUAGUUCCACCAACAGUAUUAUUGAAUUUAUUUUGUGAUUGUUUUUAAUAAAGUUUUAUAUUUAAAUAUUGUGUCAUCUGUCAUAUACUACACCUCGUGCCCGCUUAUAAGUUACCACGUAUGUAACUUAUUUGUCCUCACAUGACGGGGCAACCACAGUCGUUAUAACACGGGUGUUCUGUUUCAUACACCUCGUGCCCGCUUACAAGAUACCACAUAUGUUACUUAUUUAUCCUUGAUCUCUUUGAUGCAACGAGAAUCAUCCAACAAUAUGAGCGCUAAAUCAGGGCCAGAUUCACAGAACAUAUCACAAUUGGAUUACAUUAAUAACUACUGGCUGAAAUCUGGAAAACAUAUCAUAUUUAAGUACGAAAAAGUUGUUUGAUUUUAAUUCAGUUUUUAUUCGGUAUAAUGUUCGUUUCGCACAAAUAAUAAAAAGUAACAGGAACAAAAACAAACAAAGAUUGAAUGAAGAAAGAAUUUCACAAAUACACAUUUAUUAAAAAUUGAUCUUCUGGUAAAAAACUAAACUUUAUCGCUCAAAUUGUGUGCGCCAACUAGCAAGACAUCAACAGGCAAUGAUAUUUUAACUUUAGGGGUGAUGGGCCAACUUUGGCCUAAAUCUCGGGUCCCAUGGCAUGCCUCACUGUAGGACCUCACCCAUAUAGAAUAGAGUGUGCACAUACAAUGUUGGGGUAAUGGGCCAACUCUGGCAUAAACCUCAGGUCCCUUUGCAUGCCUCACUCACAAACUUACAUGGAAUAGAAUAUCAACGAAAUUUAAAAAUCUUUCAGUAUGGCAGAUAAUACAACAACAAUAAUUAGUGCCAAAAAAACAAUUUUUACCAGAAGAGCAAUUUUUAAGCAUUACAUUCUACAAAGUAACGACAAUAGAAAACACAAUUGUCUUGUAUGUCAUUAUUUUUGC